AUGAAGACACUCCUGGUCAUAUCACUGCUCCUUUGCCACUUCCUCAGCGAAGCUCUAUCUCCCGAGAAGAAAUGCCUUCAGAAGAUCAACGAAGCACGUGCCGAGUACGCUGGCGUUCAUCGAAUUGCAAAUAUGAACGAGCUGAAAUACAAUAAGAGAUUGGAGAUGGAGAUGGUUGAUGAGAUUCCGAAGCACACCUGUCCCAACCCGUUGGUGACCAGUGACAACAAUGUGGAGGUCUUCUGGAAUAUCGAAGAAAGUGGGGAGACUAUUGUGAAGUUGUUGGCCGCACCGGAGCGUACUGUGAUGGCGUGCAAGAAGAGAUACUGUGAGGAGACUGGGAAAGAGGUUAUCAGUAUCAUUGCUGACUCUUCGUUGGAUAAACCAAUCAAUGGAGAACCUGGUUCCGAGUGCUCCAGAUACAGAACUCCGAGCAACAAUGGGUUGUGCGUUUUGAAGCAUGGAUAUCGUCGGAAGAUUCUCGGAGGACUUGUGGAAGUAUUAACGGACGUGACGGAGGGCUUGGGUGAAAUUGCAAUAGAUGCGGUUAAAAUGGCAGACAAGGUAAAGGAUUUGACUGUAGGAACAGCAGCAGAAGUCGGUGAAAAAUUGGCGGAAGUAGGAAUUCAUGUAGCAAACGAAGCAGGAAAGGCAGGGAAGGACUACUGGGAUAAGCACAAAAAAGAUAUUGUGAGAAGCGUGGGAGAGGCGGUGUUCGUCCCUAUCACCGCCUCUGUAGGAUUUUCGAUCGGAGCAAGUUUAGGAACGGUUACUGUUCCAGUUAUCGGAACGGUUGGAUUCGGUGCUGCAGGCGGUAUAGCUGGUACCAUAAUUGGAAAUCAAAUUGUGGAUAUGGCGGUGGAUGCUGUGAAAAAGUAG